AUGUUGCUACUCGGUAUCUGUGUAUUGUGGGCACCCAUCCUAACAGAUCUGAGUCAUGCAGAUUCUGUCACUCGGUCAAUUACCUCAGAACUUCGGACAGAAGGAGAAGCGGUAAACAUUACCUGUACCUAUGACACUAUAUUGAGUAGCUAUGUGCUAUUCUGGUAUCGACAGCAUCCAAGCACACAGCCCGAAUAUGUACUGCGCAAAGGUACUGGUGGUAGCGUGUACAAAGCAGAAUUUGCUACAGAUCGCUUUUCUGUAGAUCUUCAGACCUCGAAGAAAUUCACCAGUUUGAAAAUAGCCAGGCUGGACAUGACUGACACUGCCGUGUAUUACUGUGCUUACAGAAACCCCAGGGCUGGUGCUGCGAACAAGCUUAUCUUUGGAGAGGGGACAAAGUUGACCGUGGAGCCAAAGAGGGAACCGUCCGAACCAUCCUUGUACGUUCUCUCCGCGGCCAAGACCGAGACGGAGACCGAUAAAGAGCGAAAGGUCACGGCGGCGUGCCUAGCCACUGAUUAUUUCCCCAAGAGCUACAACAUGACCAUGAAAGUUGGGGAGCAGGAGGAGACACAGACCGAAUCGAACGCCUUGCUGUCAAUCGUCGAUCGAAGUUACAGUCUGUUUGGAUUCUUCCCCCCCAAGGUGAAACACGAUGAGAUCAGCUGCGCGGUUGGAGAGCAGACCAAGAAGUUCCCAGCAGCCGAUCAAUCCCAGUAUUCCUGCAUUCAGUUGGAAGAUAACAUGGCAGCAGAUCCGCAAUUCAACCUUCUGUCACUGACCGUCUUCGGACUAAGGAUCCUGUUCGUGAAGAGCAUAGUCUUCAACGUGCUGAUGACUAUCCGCGUCUGGAUCUCCUGAGACCGGCAAUUGUGAGCGUGUUUGUGCUAUCAAAAAUUCUUCAGUUGAAGACUCAACGAUCUCUGCUCGGAUUGCGACUGCGAUAGCGAUACUUGGUGUCUAAAACUGGGAGCGAUAUGUGUGUGUGUGUGUGUGUUUCAGUCCUUGUACAUAUCUGUAGACCUGUGCUUUCAGAAACCUCUCUGUGAAUGUAACGAUUUGAGUAAUGUCUCCUGGAACCUCACUGAGUUAUCCAUCUCUCGCGUCUCUGGCCGCUGGUCAAUUUCAGCUCAUGUUCGCGGGGAAAACGUUAACAGCACGAACGGUGGGUUUUUCCCUUCUCCGCGUCCCCUCGGGAGGGGAACUGCGGUACGCGUUAAUGGCCCACGUCCUGUAAUGUUCCCCCAACACCAACAGCCCCAGGGAAGACGAGGAAGAAAAUCCACUCUCUACCUGCGAAUCUUUCUGCUAAUGUUCCUCUUGUGUCGGAGACGCUUAAUCUCUCUUUCCCCUGUGCCCAUCCCACCCUGCUUCCCCUCUUCCCUCCAAAUUCCGUCUCUGGGCAGGGCUUCAUCCCUGUCAAUAAUCUCCACACAAUUUCCAUCGCCUCUACUCUCCCCCCCACCCCCAAUCGAUCCAUCCCUAACUCUGAGGUUAAACUCCAACGGUCAAAUUCCAAAAGAUGGGAGAUGGCCGUGUUUUAGGUUUUUGUUCUGAGAUGGAUUUGCCAGGAUGUUUUCCAGGUUGUAUGUGUGUGUGUAAAUAUCUAAAGCAUAAGGGAAAGCUACUGUAUCUGAAAAGAAUAUUGAAUACUCAAUACCAUUUGUAGACUUAGACCCCACUGGGGAGAUUAGUCGCUGUUUUAGAUGUGACAGGGCACAGUGAUAUCCUGCUUCGCAAAGAAUUUCUGUCAGUUUUACAAAACCUUGCCAAACCUUUCUCUGCGUGUUUGCCAAUAAAAUAUAUCUUUUAUGAUCAAA